UACGCGGUUGACGAGAACCGUAUGACGGAGCACUUUUGGGAUGCCUUACUCUUGGACAUCCGUGAUCGGGCUACAUACUCGCGCCACAUGACCUUUAGCGAGGUGGUGGAGCAGGGCCUUCUUGGGGAGGCCCAAUGGAAUGAAAGAAAAGAGAGGGACGCCGAAGAGGCGAAAAAGAGGAAAUGGCAUGGUUCGGGGCCGCCCGAGCAAGCACGGAGGGAUAAACACGGCGGAGGUGGGGGUUCGUUCAAAACACCGGCACCACCGGCAAAGAAGAACAAGGAUGCUCGGUGGCAUGCAUCCUCCUCCCAAAAGACGGGACCCCCUAGGUGUGCUAAUUGUUCGAAAAAUCACUUUGGGAAAUGCAAUGCACCCCCAAGGUGUUAUCAAUGUGGGAACACGGGUCACAUGAAGGCCAAUUGCCCACAACUAGGUGGAGGAGGAGCUCCGGGAUCCGGAGGAGGAACCAUGACGGGAAGAAACCGUGCGGGACCGUCAAACGGCGGUACGGGAAGAGGCAACGCAUCCACAAGUCAUGCCGCGUCCGUAAAUCAAGGCGGGACCCAAGCACGAGUGUACGCAAUGACCGAGGCGGAUGCACGAGCAAACCCGGACUCCGUUGCAGGUUGAAGCUAGAGCUUGCUACUUGCACCUUCUCACGGGUGAUAUUAAAUCAGGGAGACGUGGUUCGUGCUUCCUUAUUUUCUUUCAAACUACCGAAC